UCGGCAAUUUUUGCUAUUUUGAUCCCACCAAAAACAAGUGUCACUCUCAUCAAUUCAUUCAUCUCUCCAUCUACUCAUUAAGGUUUAUCCUCUCAUCUCCCUUCUAUGUUUAAUUGAUUCAUUUUUGCCACUCGGUUAGCCACCAUUUUUAUUGUAUGAAUCUAAACAUUUUAUAAAGCUCAAAAUGUUACUGUUACUUAAAAGCCAAGUCAAACUAGUUUUUUUGUGUUCUUCUAUUUUCCUCUUUCAUUUCUUAACUCUGUCUUGAAUUGUGCAGAUUUUGGAACACCUCAAUUUUUUUAACCUGACAACAAUUUAAUUUCCAUUGUCUUGGCUUAUCCAUCAACUUGCCUGCUUCCUUGUUUUACUUGACUUUGCAUCCAUUGUAAUAUUAUUCUUGUGUGCCAUAAUAGCUAACCAGCUUUGCCAAAUGUCUCAACCAGGACUAGAUCGUUAUAUGGAAAUUAUUUUGACCAACCUUAAUCGACUAAUUCCUCUGAUUAAUGGUAACUUUAUAUGCGAUCUCAUCGCUUAUCGUGAAGUCCUUUCUGAUGAGGAUUGGAAGAUUAUAAGUUCAAAAGAGGACAACUAUUCCAAGACUGAGAGUCUUUUACUUGCCAUCGGACGGGCUGGAUCAGAAGCUAUGACUGCCUUGAAAGAUAUAUUGGCGAUAACUGAAAACUAUCGAGCAAUUGAGAUACUCAAUUCUGGUUCAUCAUAUGAUGAAAUGUGUACUCAUUGUACCUCUCAAUAUGAUGGAAAUUGUUCAGGUCGUCAUCUAGUUAGCGAAUGUAGACGAUCCCAGAGUAGAACCAUAUCCUACUUUGAUGUCAAUGACCAUGUAGAUCCAUCAGGAUCUCAGGAUGAAAUUAAUCGUAACUGUGCAAAUGAGGAAAUUUUGCAAUCUCCAAUACCCAGAACAGUUGGCCUUAGACCCGAAAAUCAAUGUAUUGUUAAGGUAGAUGGCGAGAUGAAACAAGGGGAGAACAUCUAUGAGGUUAAAUCAAAUCCAAGGGGCUUCUGUUUGAUUGUAAACAACAUCGAUUUUGAGAUUUUUGAUCAACGCUUAUCUGCUGAAGAAGAUGGAGUUUUUCUUGCCUCAAUAUUUGAACAGCUUGGCUUUGCAAUGAACUAUUUUAAAAAUAUGAGCGCCAGUGAUAUUGAAGCCGUAUUUCAAAAGUAUUCAAAGAUGGAGGAAUUGAAGGAACAUGAUGCUCUCGUUUGUGUCAUCAUGUCUCAUGGACUUAAAAGUGAUCUUAUCGUUGGAUCUGACGGACUCUAUGUCCGUCUCGAAACUCUUCUGUCCUAUUUCAAUAAUUUUAACUGCCCGUAUCUGAUGAACAAGCCAAAGCUUUUCUUCAUCCAAGCUUGUAGAGGAGAUGAAUACGAUUUUGGCAUAUUAGAUGCAACCACUACUGCCGAUGCUGGCCCAAUCCCUGGUCCAGUCGUUUUUGCUAAAGAUCUUGAUAAAGGUCGCAUUCCAACCUGGAGUGAUAUGUGUAUAGUUCAAUCAACUGUUCAAGGUUAUGUGGCAUUGCGUAGUGUCCAAUCUGGAUCAUGGUUUGCUGAAGCAUUAGGACAAGCUCUGGUUGAUCAUGCAUGGGAAAAAAGUCUACAUGAAAUAUUAAUGGUCGUCAGCUCUAAACUUACCAAGAGACAGGGUAAAGAUAGUGUUAAACAAGCCAUUGAAGUUAUUUGGCGGGGUUGGAAUAAGAGCUUUUUCUUCAAUCCAGGAUUAUAUUCUUCCAAAUGAAGUGUCUAUAUCAAUGCUUGUUGUCGAUCUCAAAAUAUAUCUUUGACCUGGAUCUUUGUUGAUAAUAUGUAAAUUUGUACAUAAUCACUGUUACGUCAACUCAUAACAAAGCAACAAUUUUAGUUUUA